UUCGAGGUCAACACUUCGUCCAUUAUUUAUUCAUUUAACUUAUUUCUUUCAUUCUUCCGCUGUCUUUUUCUCAUAUCAACUGUAUAUAACAUUUGUACUCCUCCGACGCUUUAUACGGUACUGCAGAGCGGCUUGUUUACGUGCAUCCCUACGCGACAGCAACAAUAAUUCUGUUUGAUGACUGACAGCAUGACACUUUAUUAAAGUGCAUACCCUCAGAAUGUGUGCAAGUCCAGCGCCAUCGGUCCCGCGAUCGCGCGUCAAACCAUUACGAACAUACGGCAAACGGAAUAUUCGAGACGACCCACCGAAAGAGCCAAACACCAAGAAACGAAGGGUAUCAACAGAAGUCACAGCUGCUGAAAUAUCUUCGAAAGGCACAGACACGUCGCCGCUCAAAGAGGUCACGGAGGAGGCGAAGAAUGCACUUGAAUCGACAACAACGAACAAACCUACCGCCGAGCCAGUCAAGAAAGGAUCAAUCUUGAACUUCUUCAAACCUGUACCUCCAUCGUCUACAGUCACCUCCAGUCCAAAGAGCGACGAGCCUCAACCCGAAUCAACGCCCCCAUCCUCACCACCACAACCCCCAAGGAUAGAACCCCGAAAGAAACCACGCUUAUUACGCUUUCGCGGUACAUCAACACCAUUACUAGACGACGAGAACACAGGAGAUGAUGAUACGCAAGGCGAGGACACAGAAGCCGAAGACUCUGGCACCAAAUCUACUCGACCCGCUGCUCGAGAGAGCUCUUUAAAACGCGAAGUGAGCACAAACGACUCGAAAUCUGGAAAGAGAGGGAAGGUGAAAACACCAACUGUACAGACGACACUGAAUUUAUCGACGCAAGCAGCGUUUUCGGAGUGCAAGGUGUGUAAUACUGUGUGGAAUCCGCUGUAUCCGGAUGAUGUGAAGUUUCAUACGAAGCAGCAUGCGGCUGUUUUGAGGGCGAAGAAGAAGGAGAAGGAGAGUGAACUAUAGAACUUGAUACCCAUUUAUGAAUGACGAACUGCUUUGAAUCUUGAGUCUGUAU